AUCACCCGUACACCGAUGUUACCGCGUCAACACAAGCGUGUGCGCAAGCGCACCGCUCGAUUUCCGCAGCCGUUUCGAUUUCCGGUCGGACGACGUUUCCUCACGUUACUCUUUUCUCACGAACCGUUCAAGAUGGUUAACGUGCCGAAGCAAAGGCGUACUUUUUGCAAAAAAUGCAAGGUACACAAGACUCAUAAAGUGACGCAGUACAAGAAAAGUAAGGAGAGGCAUGCCUCGCAGGGCAGAAGGCGUUACGACCGUAAACAGCAAGGAUUUGGUGGUCAAACAAAACCAAUCUUCAGAAAGAAGGCAAAGACCACAAAGAAAAUUGUAUUGAGGAUGGAAUGUACAGAAUGCAAGUAUAGAAAACAAAUUCCAUUGAAAAGAUGCAAGCAUUUCGAGCUAGGUGGUGACAAGAAAAGGAAGGGACAAAUGAUUCAGUUCUAAAGUUAAUCAUUUAACAUUCUGCAUUCUGUAUUUAAUUAAAAAAAUGCAAAAUAAAUCUAUUUGGAUUUAUA